GGCUCGAUGACACUGUGAUCAAUUGGUUGAAGAAGAUUUUCAGUCACACACACGCUGACUCGCACACAAAUACCAUUAAUUUUAUCAAGGGCUUCAAAGUUAAGCUGACUUAUUUCUUAUACGAAAAUGUAGCACUCAGCAUCAUCGAACAGUUUUUUAGUAUAAUUAUCGAUUUUCCUGAGUCUAUUCCUGCCAUAGAUGAUUUGAAAAUUUGUAUGGAAAAGAUAGAUAUGAAAAAGCAUUUCAUCCAAACGCUUACUAACACGCUAAAAGUACGAGUACUUCAUCCUGGUGUAAAUACUAUGGAUAUUUUAACAGGAUAUAUUGCAGCUAUCAAAGCAAUAAGAUAUCUCGAUAACAGUGGAAUUAUAUUGGAAACUGUGACGGCGCCAAUCAGAGACUAUCUUCGAAAACGCAGUGAUACAGUUCGUCGAGUAGUUACGGGACUUACUGAAGAAGGCCCUACAGACCUUACGGAGGAAUUAGCUAAAAGUGAAGCUUUAAAAGAAAAUGAAAAGCUUGAUGUCAAUGAGGAAUUGAGCAAUUGGGAAAAUUGGUUGCCAGACUCGUAUGGAAUUGAUCAGACAACGCGUAUUAAACUUACGAAUGUCAACCGUUCAGCAGAUAUAAUAUCUAUGGUAGUUGAUAUAUAUGGUAGCAAGGAGUUGUUCAUGAACGAGUAUCGCAAUUUAAUGGCAGAUCGUUUACUUACUUAUUUGGAUUUUAACGCCGACAAGGAAAUCCGAAAUUUAGAAUUGCUCAAACUCAGAUUCGGAGAUUCUUUACUUCAUAGUUGUGAAGUUAUGCUGAAAGAUCUCACCGACUCAAAGCGCAUAAAUUCGCAUAUAUCAAGCGAUUCUAAGUAUAACGAAAAUAAAAUGUUUGAUAUAUCAACUUUUAUAAUAUCAGCACAAUUUUGGCCGUCAUUCAAUAAAGAAAGUUUGGAGCUACCUGAAGAAAUUGCCAAUGAAUUUGAAAAGUAUACAAAAGCCUAUGAAGCAUACAAAGGAAAUAGAACGUUAAAUUGGCGAACAGUAACAGGACGAGUUAAUAUUGUUAUUGAAAUAGGUGAACGAACAAUUGAAAUGGUUGUGGCCCCCACUCAAGCAAUCAUAUUGUAUCACUUCCAACACAAAGAUGAAUGGACGUUGGAGGAUCUAAGUCAGAUUACGAAAGUUCCAUCUACAAUAUUGCGGCGGAGAAUUGGGUUUUGGAUAUCGCAUGGGAUAGUAGACGAAAUACGACCGGGAAUAUUCAGACUUUUAGAAGACGACGGGAAAAAAUCGCAAUUCGACCCUAAACAACUAAGCCAUGUUCUGGUUGGUGACGAAGAUGUUGAAUCAGCUAUGGCCUCCGCAAGUGAUCAGCGAGAAGAAGAACUUCAGGUAUUUUGGUCAUACAUUGUAGGAAUGCUGACAAAUUUGGACUCAUUGCCGCUUGAUCGUAUCCAUCAGAUGCUUAAAUUGUUUGCAUCACAUGGGGUUGGGAUAGAAUUUACCCAGGAUGAACUAAAAAAUUUCCUUCAACGAAAAGUGCGCGAGCAUAAAUUAAUAUAUUCUGGAGGUGUUUAUCAGUUAUACAAAUAAAAACUUGGAAAUUCUCAUACAAAAAUCAAUGCGUCAUUUUCUGU